GACCGCGUGGCCGGCCGCCGCCAUUGUGUGGCUGCUCCUGUCCGCGGCCGGGCCGGCGGCGCAGGUGACUCCAGACCAGGAGGAGCGGUGGUUGCUGUGGGAUGGAGGAUGGAGGGAAGCCGUUCCUACACGGCUCCCUCUGGGGCUGCUGCUGGCCCCGCAGAGGGUGCUGGCCAGGCCAGGAGCUUGCCUGCCUCCCCCUCCAAAGAUGUGCACCGGGCUGUUGAGGGGGUCAUCUUUUCUUCCUCUCCGGUUUUAGACUUGAGUCAAAGAGGUCUGCACCAUUUGGAAGAUGUCUUUAAAGUCCCCAGCCUUCAACAAUUGCAUCUUCAAAGGAACGCCCUCUGCACAAUUCCUAAAGAUUUCUUUCAGUUGCUGCCAAGACUUACCUGGCUAGACCUUCGGCAUAAUAGAAUUAAGGCGCUUCCUUCUGGGAUUGGAUCUCACAAGCAUUUGAAAACUUUACUUUUAGAAAGAAAUCCUAUCAAAAUGUUACCUGUGGAGUUGGGGAAUAUAACUACACUAAAAGCACUGAACUUAAGACAUUGCCCUCUGGAGUUCCCUCCUCAGCCUGUUGUGGAGAAAGGAUUGGUGGCUAUCCUGACCUUCCUGCGGAUCUGUGCGGUAGAGCAAUCCUUCCCCAGGGAUUCAACUUCUCCAGAGAUUUCACCAGUUACGAAGACGAACCGAAGUGAGCUUCCAAGUCCCGUGUUGGCUUUAUCCAAAGAACGCAUGUCUAAUGAAGAAACCAUUAAUUCUCAGGAUCCAGAGGAGGCUGUGUUAAAAGAAAAGGCAGACUUUUUCCCACCUGUUGAGAAACUAGACCUGAGUGAACUCAGAAAGUCCACUGAUUCUUCAGAACACUGGCCCAGUGAGGAGGAGAGAAAGCGCUUCUGGAAGCUGAGGCAGGAAAUCGUCGAGAAGGAAAAGGCAGAAGCUGCCGAGAAUAAGCUCUUAGCGAUGGAAUUACCUCCCAGUCUCAAGGCAGCGCUGAACAGCAGGGAGAAGGGACGCCCAAAGCCAGGAGCCACGUUCAGAAGGAAGACAUCCUCCUUCGGGAACGUCUUACCUGAUCUCUCAUCGCCCUACCAAGUUUUGAUCCAAGCGAGGAGGUUGGAAGAGAGUCGUGUGGCGGCCCUCCGCGAGCUCCGGGAGAAGCAGGCACUGCUGGAGCAACGGAGAAGAGACAAGAAGGCACUGCAGGAGUGGAGAGAGCAAGCCCAGCUGAUGAGGAAGAGGAAGGAGGGGCUCGGCACAUGCCCGCCUCGAUGCAGGAGCACGGUGGUGUUAAGGACUCCAUUUGCCACAGAUCUGACAGAUAAUGGGAGAGCACCAAGAGAUCCACGUGGAAAAGUGAAGUGCACCAAAGAGAAAGUGUCACUAGCAAGUAGAGACAGAAGCGUCGUCCUCGAGGGGAGCUUAGAAGAGAAGAUAAAACAACAGCUUCGGCAGAUGCAGGAACGAAGGCGGGGCUUCCGCGGGACGGCGCCACUGGACGAGGGAAGGCAGGCUGCCCAGGACUUGCAAGUUGCCAAAGAGCUACAGGAUGAAGUAAUGAAACUAAAGGUGGGAUUGACCUUGAGCCAAGAGCAUCAGUUUACAACCCUCACUGGAAACCGUUUGCUUCGCCCGCCAGCACCACGGCCUCAGAAUAGAUUUUUUAACACGAGAUAAUAAGAAUCAGAAAAUGCUUGCGGAUGCUAAUGGCGCCUGGUGGCUGUGCUAAUGGAGACAUCUCCAGACGUGAGAGCUGGCUCGACACUGAUUUCCUUCUCAGGCGGUGGGGUGAGCAUCAGAAUCAGUGCUAUUCUUAUGAUUUAUUCACGAGUAGCCUAUUGUUUUUAAUAAAAUUGUGUUUCUUUCCUGGGCUGUGGAAGGUUGAA